AUUCAGAUGGAACGACGAACACGUUUUCCAGAUUCUGUUCCUCAGGAAUCACGGUAUUUAAGUUGGUAGCCCAUGGCGAUGUUGUUCUUGGAGCAGCAGUACUAGAUCUUGCUCUAGUCUCUGACUUCCUCCCCAUCUCUUUUCACCAUAUAUAUCUGAAGCAAAUGGGAGACAAGAAACUUACGAAGCUCAAGGUUCGGGGUGCAAACGACGUAGAGGUCAAGAGCGUACUUCGUCAAGAGUUCAAAGAAUCUGUCGACCAGGAUAAUUUCAAAGUAAAAGUAGAUGGCAGCAGUUUGAAGGUGGACGUGCCAGGGACUGUCGACGUCGGGAAGCUCUAUGAGCGCCUCAAGAAAAUGUCAUCCAGUGUCAAGAUUGAAUCAGUUGUGCCGGAUGAUCUAAUGGCGAAAAUGGAUCGAUACAAAAAGGACCUUCAGAACAUGAAGAAACAGAAGGAAGCUGUCGAGUCAAAGCAAAUCAAACAAGAGGAAGGAUACAAGCUUCUCCAGCAAGAACAACGAAAAUGGAAGAGAGACAAAGAAAAUCUCAACUCAAAGCUCGAAAAAAAGACAAAGGAGACCAAAGAUGCCAAGGAAGAACUCAAAAUCACAAAGAGAGAGAAGGAAUAUCUCAACACAAAACUUGAGACAAAGAGGGAAGAGAACAAGCGCCUCGAUGAGGAAAACAAGAAAUUGCAGCGAAAAAUCAAGGAUCUACAGGAAAUGCAGAAGGGAUGGAUAACUACAACUUCAACUAAGUUGGACAGUUUCGAAUCUGUGGACCAUAAUCAUCAUGGUAUGCAUCACAGAGUGCAUAAGGAGGUGCACAGGCAUGAAUUUCACAUGCAUCAAGAGGUUCGUCACCACGGUAAUGUGAUGGCAUUGGAGAAUGAUGGUAGGAGGGCGCACUAACAACCCAGGCUGGAAUAUUACCACUGAGGAAAUUAAAUUUAUCCUCCUACCAAAACUAUAUACAUAUGUGUGCUGACGUGGUUUGUGCUAUGUUUGUGUGUGGUUUACUUGCCUUUCUUGGAGUUUUCUCUCUGUUUGUUGUGAUGUUCUAGCAUAAUAAAUAAAGCUGCAUUAUUGAGAACCAUUUUCUGGUA